UGUCACUUUCACCGAAGCAUAUAAAGCUUCUUUGUCCCAAUUCCUUGAUCAGCUCUUAUCAUGCAUGUCGUAUAUGUGGAAGAGUGGCAAAAGUCUAGAAGAGAGAAGAACUGCGCUGCGUAUUUUCACUGAUGUUACUGAGAAAUGCCAAGAAGAAGCACUGAAGUAUUAUAAUGGUAAACUUAAAUUCCUAUUUGAUGCCUGCUAUAAGAGGAACCCAGAACUUCAACAGAUAGUCGCACAGGGUAUUGGUGUUAUUGCAUUGUUGGGUGGAUCAGCAUUCAAAUCUCACAUGAGAAAUGCUCUUGCCGGUCUAAACUCUAUCAUGCUUAGUCCAGAGACAAUGCGUCCAGAAUACUUACCAGCCCAUGAUGCAGCCAUUUCUGCUCUUGGAAAAAUAUGCCUUCACCAUCACGAGAACCUCCAUGAAGUUAUGGUACAUAUACUUGCUUCCACAUUAUAUUUGGAUAAAAGUCCAAAUCAACCCUCAAACUUUUCAUCAAAGUGCAAAUAAGAUU